GUGUAAAUCUACGUGACGACUCUUACUUCAUUUGGAAGAUGGCAGAAACUGCUCCUGCUCCCGCGGCGGCACCAGCCAAGGCACCUAAGAAGAAAUCAGCGGCUAAACCGAAAAAGGCUGGUCCAAGUGUGUCAGAUCUAAUUUUGAAAGCUGUUGCUGCCUCUAACGAGCGUAAAGGAGUUUCUCUUGCUGCACUGAAGAAAGCACUGGCAGGCGGUGGUUAUGACGUUGAGAAAAACAACUCUCGCGUCAAACUUGCCUUGAAAUCCUUAGUGAAAAAGGGGGCGCUUGUCCAAACCAAAGGCACCGGAGCUUCGGGAUCAUUCAAGGUGAGCAAAAAGACAGGAGCUAAACAACCUGCAAAAAAACCUGCAGUCAAAGCUAAGAAGCCGGCGGUGAAGAAAGCGUCUGCUGCCAAGGCAACAAAACCGAAGAAGCCCGCAGCCAAGAAACCUGCUGCAAAGAAGUCUCCCAAGAAAGCGAAGAAGCCUGUGACCCCCAAGAAAGCCGCGAAAAGUCCUAAAAAAGUGAAGAAGCCUGCUGUUAAGAAGGUUGCCAAGAGCCCGAAGAAGGUCAAAGCAGUAAAGCCUAAAGCGGCGAAGCCCAAGGUCGCCAAAGCUAAGAAGGGAGCAGCUAAGAAGAAGUAAAUGGUAUUAACCUGCAGACAAACCAAAAGGCUCUUACAAGACCCGCCACAAUAUCACAAAAGUGCAUGUUCUCGCGGUGUGUAAAUAUGUCCAUAAGCUUUUAUCGAGGAAAAGACCGGGGGAUGGGAGGGGGGCACAUGAACCAGAUUUUUUUGUUUGUUUGUUUUUUAACUGACUUGGGGUUGUUGGUAAAGAAAUACGUUUCUUUGGAAGUCUUUACACUUUUACGAUUUAAAGGAAAAUGUUGACUUCGGUAGAAUUAAAAUGAUAGUCUUCGUCUGCAAGUGAAGAAAGCCGAUUAGACAUUGUAAGUUUUUCUUCAAGCUACUUCAGUCGACAGGAUAAAAAUAGCGCUGUUGUGAAGCUCAUUGAAAGCCCAUGAGAACAGUGAGCGUUGUCCGUCAGCGCUUGACGUCUACAAUGUAAUGUAACAUACUUGUGAGUAACGCAACGUAACUUCACAAAUUCUUUGAGUUUGGGUAUGUGUGCGUGCGCUUUUGGGCGUCCUGGUGUCAAGGGUCAAAGGAUGUCGCUGUCAUGAACUAACACAACUUUUAUUGUGCUUUCCCCCUUUUUUUUUUUUAGUUUUUGUAAAACCUCAAAUUUGCUGCACUGUAUGAAAUUGUUUUUAGACAAAUCCUACAUAACAGUCGCAAUCCAGAAUACUGCAUCUCUGUAAAUAAGUUACCUCAAGACAAACAUAUUUUUGUUUUCAUUAAACUAUUUAUUAUUGUUCUGGUGAAAUACAUUGGAGUAACUUAAGGUUUGAGAGAAUGAUUGUUAAGUAAAAAUUUGGAGGAAACAGUGUUAAAAGAAUGUCAUUCCAUCCAUUUAAAGUACUUGUUUGUACUUGUUUGUUUUUCUACCGAUGUUGUUUCAUAUCAAGAAACUUCAUCAAAUAUUUUGUAUAGAAAUGUUGCAAAAUUCAUAAUAAAAUAAAAUGGAAAUAUGGAAA